CCAACAAUGAACAAUAGUACAAAUCACACAGCCGCUUUCAUAGUCGACGACAUUUCAAUUGCUUCCAAUAUUAUCAAUAUUUCCAUUUUUAUUAUCAGUGUCAUUGGAAAUUUGUUCGUCAUCCUUACUGUAUAUAGCAAUAAACGGUUACGUACAACGUUAAAUUAUCUCGUUGUCAACUUGUCCAUAUGUGACAUAAUGAUUGUCACCUUUACAAUACCAUUCAGUAUGAUUUUACAACGUUAUCAAGAAGAAGGAUAUAUAUUUGGAGCUUUCGGUUGCCGUGUAAUUUCCCCGUUAGCAACACUUUCAUCAAAUGCGGCUGUGUUCGCGUUACUUUGUAUAACCAUCGAACGUUACAUCGCUAUCGUGCAUCCCCUGAAAUGGACAUCUCAGAAAAAUCACGCGCUAAAGUUUAUCAUUUCAACAUACGUUUAUUCACUUGCAACUGUAAUACCGUUCGGUUAUUACCUAGAACUUGAGGUUUCAAGCGAUGGCUUAAGUAGAUGUAUUGAGACAUGGUCGAUUAAAGCGAGUAAAGCAUAUACGAUACUUUUGUUUUUACUUCAAUAUGGCAUCCCGUUGCCUCUAAUGAUAGGCAUUUACACGAAAGCAUGGUUUGAAAUUAAAACACAAAACGAUCAUACGAUUAAAGUAUCAGAAGGACAACGCAGAUCGCGCGGAUUGUCAGCAGCAGACGAUAAUCAAACGAAUCCAACACGAAAUCGAAUAUCAAGGAAAACGCGCGAAUCGAUCACAUCGGAAGGAAGUUAUCGAGAAGAAAUGAAAUAUAUAUGUUUCACAAACUGCUUAUUCUGUUUCAAUCCUAAUCACAUGCGUACCUUUUUAGGUAAUCACGACAGUGUCGGCACAUCGUCCUAUAUUGCCAACAAAAGACGUCGACAAACCAUACGCACGUUUAUUAUGUUUCUGCUUAUUGUCGUUAUAUUUGCGGUUUGUUCAUUACCCAAUCAAAUUGCAUGGUUGUGGAUGUCAUUUUUUGCUGAGUCAUCAACCCUGAUCUCGUUAAUGCCUAUCUUCUACAUGCUGCACUAUUCGAAUUGUGUGCUGAACCCAUUAAUUUAUGGCGGGUUAAAUCGAACGUUUCGAGAGGGGUAUAAGCGUGUUGCACGUUGUGAUUCGGUAGCGCACGAUAAAACUUUUUACAGCAAUAUAGUUCCGAGCGAACAGAAUCAAAACUUCAAAAAGGAUAAAAGCGAGUUAUUCAAAGACGGUAUUAUUACUCGAAAUCCAGUGAGUUUUAUUGAAUGUGGGUCAAUUGAAAGCAUCUAUAAAGAAUGUGAAGAAGAAGAAGUAGAAGAAGCUGAAGAAAUUAAAACGGAUAAGCGUCGAGUAAAGUUUCAUUUAUCUGUUGUUUCGAACAAAAAAUUAUCGAUAGAAAAAGAAAGACGAAAAUUAUCGAUAAGUCUCACGACAAGCAGACAGCGAAAACUAACCCUACCUCUGUUGUCGAGCGAGAACAGCAAAGAUAAAAAUGCAAGCGAUAAAUUCAAACGGAAGUUGUCGCUCCCUACUCUCCACUCUUCAUUUGGUAGUCAAGAUUCUUUGUCCAUAUUGCCGACAAACGAAAAAUUUAAUGGAAAUUAUGCUGCAGCUUUUCGAAAGCUAUCAAAUAUCGUGCGCGCUUACCCGAAAUUCGAUCGUAAGAAAGGAAUGAUUGUUUUAAGUAAAAGCAAAUCUGAGGAUGAUAUGGAUAUAUACGGACAUGUUGAAAGCGGACAGCAAAUAAGUUUACGAGAUGAAAAAAGUAACAUUGGGUUAUUAGAAAGGGAUACGGAUUUUGGAAAUAGUGGCACAUGCUUAAACUCUGGUGUCCGAAAAGUCGCGGAGGUCAAUCCACGAUGUGAUGAGCUUCCUAAAUAUACAGAAGAUGAUACAGAAGAUGACAAAGAAAACGACACGAUAAUGUACACUGACAAUGAAAUAGAAGUCGCACCUACUGAACCCUGCGCUGACGGUUUAUCCGUUUAUUUAUCAGCCCUUCAUUUUAACAAAAAGAAAAAUACUGACAGUUAUUUCCCAAAACUAUCAAACAAUGGCUUAUCUUAUGAAAAUUUAAAAUCAAUGCAAUUUGAUUUCGAUCAGUUGGUCAAUGCUAAAGAGACUUAUAUUUAAAAUUUGUUUUCUGAAAGAAUUUUGGAAAGAGUUUCACACUGUAAAUGACCUAAUCUCGCAUUUGUUCAUCGAAGAGACGAGGUUUCUAAGCGCGUAGAAUUAUGAGUUUGAGUGGAUUCAACACAUUUGGGGCAAAUCUAGUGAUAUAUUUACGUUAUUUUGUAUUGUUUAUUUUGUCUGCUGCAAAGGCGUGGUCACGAACAUGGCAACACCUUUUUUUUAAAUCUAAGCAUGUUCUUAGCUCGGUAAAUGGAAAUCUGAACACGUUUUGCACAAAAAACACAUAAACACCUGGCUGAAGAAACCGGGGAAGAAAGGACUUGUCCUUUUUAGAACUUUAGAAUUUAAAUAGCUUUUCAGACCAAUCUGGAGGUCUUAAAUUUCAAAAGAUGACUGCAGAA